UAGCACCAACAACUGCAGUAUUAUACAUACGGCGGCGGAGUGGUGCUGACGUACACUGCGCAUGCCUGAUAUAUAAUUAUGCAUAACGUCAUGAAUAUGCUCAGUGCGAAGCGCUCGCAGCUCGAAUGCAAGUCGACGGCGAAUAGUGCACCAGCGUAGCAUUCCUGCAGUGGCACGGUACAUGAGAUGACUCGUGUGCGGUCGCAGCAGAGAAAGAGGUCUCCGCCGAUGCAAACAACGACGAAAAGAUAAUCAUGGCACCAGAAAAGGUCCGGACAACGGCACAAGACGUGGAAGUGUGUCCCCCGCGGACUACGCUCCAGAUCGUCGAGUUUUCCCGCGGCAAGAGCAAGAGGCAGCGAUGGAGGACGGGGCUGCUGUUUGCAAGCGCCAUCGCAGUGACGGCCGCGAUCUCUGCAGCGCUAGGGAUUGCGGCGGGGCUGGGGAUUGCCGGCGGUUCCAGCCCGUCCUGCAGCGACCCUGCUGACACGUCGUCCGACGGAGGAGAAGCGACUAAUGUGGUAAACCCAGAAGUGGAUGUGCACCAGCAGUCUUCAGUUUUGGGGUGCCCUAUCCACCCGUUUCCCUCUCCUCUCCCUUCUCCCCUGCCGGACAAGAUAGAGUCCGCCAUUGCUGCAGUCGAGAGGCGGCUGGCGGGUCUUAUUGACGACGAAACGAUGCCUGGGCUAGUGGCCAGUAUCACUUACAGAGACACGGACCUCUGGAGCAGUGGUUUUGGAGCCACCAAGAAGGAUGUACCCCAAGCAACUCCAGACAAGGACACACUCUACCGUAUUGCCAGCGUUUCAAAAAUCUUCGUUGUGUUGAUGGUUUACCACAUGUACAACCGCGGCCUCGUACGCUCUCUCGAUGACCCAUUGAACGAUUUCUGUCCCUCGUUUCACAUCAAUAAUCGUUUCACGUCAUCGUCGGAGGAUAUCACGCUGCGACAAGUAAUGACCUCGAUGUCAGGGCUGCCUCGAGAGGCACCGUGUGGCCAACCAGAGGACCCAGCAGUCAACCUGUGUCCCCACGACACCACCACCAUUCUAGAGAGACUGAGUCAGCAGUACACUGUUCUGCCACCGUGGACCCAACCCUCUUACAGCAAUCUUGGGUUUGGCUUGCUGGGGAGGUGUCUGGUGUCCCAUUUCUUCCCGGAGACCAGCUACGAGGACUACCUACAGGAAAACAUACUGAGACCCCUGGGAAUGAGUGGCACUGGAUUCAACUACUCUCACACCAGUGUUGGGGACCGCCUGGCGACUGGCUAUGAAUCAGACGGGAGUGAGGAGCCACUCUAUGACAUUGGUUGGUGGGGACCUGCCAGUCAGAUGUACUCCUCUGCCAGUGACCUCAACAAGUUGGCAAAGUUUCUCUACUCCAAUGGAGCGGCAGAUGAUGACCCAGCAUUCUCCGGGGUCCUCUCGCCAUCUCUGAGAAGACUCAUCCUAUUACCAACCUACACCAACAGAGACCUGGACACUGGUGUCGGAGCUCCCUGGGAGGUGAGCUACCAGCAGGACUACACUCUCAUCAUGAAGGGAGGCAACCUCAGAGGCUAUUCCGCUGUCUUCAGCGUCGUCCCCGACCUAAAGCUAGGUCUGAAUGUUCUCUUCUCCGGAAUCGGCUCUAAAACCCCUGCCACUCUCGCCUACCCCCUACCUCCCAACACUACCCAAUACACAGGCUUCUAUACUGCCCACAGGAGCAAUGGAAACGUGGCACUGGCCAAUAUCUACCUCAACAGGGACAGCCUGGCACUCUCGGGGUCUGCAUUCAGGGGUAUAUACCGUGCCUACAGAGAGCCAUCACGAUUUCAGGGGGAAUUAUGCUGUGGACCAGAACGAGACAGAAACAAGACAAUCAUGAUUAUUGAGGCUCUCAUUUUCCCCCCGUGGCCUGCAGGUAGAGUUUGCUGA